UCUUUCAGAAAGGAUAAGUGGGUCUGCUCUUAUCUAGGGUUUGUUCCCAUUUUCUUCAUCCCCUAAUUCUGAUUAUAAUCUCAAAAUCUCAUUUUACUACACUCUUUUGUGUUUGAUUUCAAUCCAAACCCACAACCCAGAUCACCCCUGUUCUUAAUUUCCCCAAAUUUGAUCUCUUAAUCUGUUUAAUUUCGUUUUGUUUCAGAAAAGUUUUUGUUCGGAUUCUUCAUAUAUGGCGUUGAUUGAUAACAGGAGUGUUGUUGAAUCAGAAGAUGAAGAAGAAGACGGUGGCAACACCGCUAAAAUUUUGUCAGCAUCUGAUCCGUUACUUGGUGAUCCGGCGGUGUAUACUAUUACGGCGGUGCCUCACCGUCAUGACUCGCAGCCUCCGAUUGAAGUUAAUCUGAUGAAGGAAGAACCACCGGAGAACGAUUUGGAUGGUUCAUUACCUGUAGCUAUCGUCCCAAUGCCAACAUCUAAUAAACAGAUAACGGUGGCGACGCCGCGGAGGGCGAAUAAGGAUCGUCACACGAAGGUGGAAGGCCGUGGCCGGAGAAUCCGCAUGCCGGCGGCGUGUGCUGCUAGAAUAUUCCAGUUGACACGAGAACUAGGGCACAAGUCUGACGGCGAGACGAUUCGGUGGUUGUUGGAGCACGCCGAGCCGGCUAUCAUUGAAGCCACCGGCACCGGGACGGUGCCGGCGAUCGCUGUUAACGUUAACGGGACGUUGAAAAUUCCGACUACACCAAGCAAUGCAGCAAGCGACGGAGAAGGUGGUGGGAAAAGACGAAAAAGGGCUUGUAACAGCGAGUUUUACGACGUGAAUGAUUCAGCUUCUUCCAAUUUUGCCCCUGUGGCCCCAAUAGCCCCACAAAGUCUCGUCCCCGUUUGGACCAUGGGCGCAGCACCACCCACCGGCGGUAUCCAUGGCGGAGCUUUUUUUAUGUUUCCACAGAGUGGUGCCACGGCCAUCGGACCUUCCUCCGCCAACCAAACCCAGUUCUGGGCCAUCCCCGCCGGCGCAACACCCGUUUUCAAUGUCGCUGCAAGGCCCAUUUCCAGUUAUGUCUCCGCCAUUCAACCCGGUGAGCAUUCCGGCGGCGGCGAAAUUCAAACACCGUCACGAUCGGUAUCAUACAACAGCAGAAAUGAAAAUAAAUCAGGGAAAGUUUCAACAACCAUGGCACCAAGUUCAAGUUCAGUGUCAACGACGACGACAACAGCUCAGAUGCUUAGGGAUUUCUCAUUAGAGAUUUACGAUAAAAGGGAGCUUCAAUUCAUGGCUGGUUCUUCUUCAACAGAUGAAAAGCCAUCUUCAAAACCUUCAUCGUAAUUCUCCUAACUUUUUUUUUUUUUUUUUUUGAAAAUUUAACUCUUAUUAGAAAAUUAGAAUCACAAGAUAUUAAUAUAAAUACUUGUUGGUUGAUGUAACUUUUGUCUGAUAAUGAAUUCAUAGGAGGAGGUUUAUGGGUUUAUAAAAUCUAGAAGAAAAAGUUUACUUUUUCUUUCUCUUUAAAGCAUUUAGCUUUUAGAAAGCGUUCUAAAUUAUAAAAAAAUUGAAAUUUUUAAAAAAAGGAGAAAAAUUAAUUUGGUGAUCACGUGAGUGAUGGGAGAUGGCACGUGCGGUAGUGGGGUCCACCAUGUAGCCAUGUGACGGCCUUUUCCCUAGGUGUGGGAGCCAUUUUUCUAGCUUUUGAGGCGGCUGCUGUCCACAUAAAGCUAAUUUUCCGGGGUAAUGUGGGGACCACAAAGGGGUGAGUGUUUCCGGUUGUGACACGUGGAAGGAUGCUAGCUGUAAAAGGAUGGGAGGUUGUGUUGUGUUGUGUUUGUGGGGUCAAAACAGACGUCUCGGUGCUUUGAUAUUUAAGCAUCGCACCGUGUUUCUCUAUCACUAUCUUUUGUUUGAGAAUAUGUUAAAGAAUGAAUAACUAAAAGGUUAAAUUUUAGAAUAGUUUUUAUAUAUUUAUAGUUUUUAUUGAAAAGUUAUUUUAAAGUUCUUGAAAAUUAAUGAUAGUUUGAAGUAUAUCGUA